AAAUAAAUGAAGAAGAAAGGGAAGAGAAGAUUGAAUAGAUGAGGUAUCAAAGUAUAAGUGUAAUGAAAAAAAGAAUAAUAAAAUUUAUUAUCAGUUUAAAUGUCUUAUAGUUCAUAAUAAUCAAUAAGAUUAGAAGAUUAUAGAGAGAUGGCAGUAGAAUUAUCAUAAAGUUUGAUAGCAGUUCGUUCAAUAAUAAGAGAGAUUUUGAGACGUUGUAGUGUAGUUUUAGUAGAGAAGCAUAUUGAAUAAGCAAUACCUUAAAUAAUGCGAAAUUGGACAGUAUAAUUUUCUGAGGAUGUUGUGUCAUUAGGUAUACAUGAACCUGACGAGAUGAUGACAGAGAAAAUAAAUUAAGGUUUAGUUCUAGAGAGUGAACCAUAAAUAAAAAUUAAUGAUUGUUGGAGAAGUUAUAUAGCAAAUAUUGAUUUGAGAUUUCAGUAGACAACACAUACUAGUCAUAGUGUAACUAAAUCUCAUUUCUCUUUUAAUCCAGGUUAUUAAAGAAGUUCUGUUACAAUUAAGAGAGCUUCAUAAAUCUUAAAAACAUAAUUUGAACCAUUUGAGCCAGAGUUUGUGAAUAUGUAUUAAAAAGUUGAGGAAGAUCCUUUAGAUUAGGGAUUGAGAUAAUAGUUGGAGAGAGAUGAAUUAUUAAGAUAGUAGAAAUGGUAGGCAGAGUAAUAGAGGAUAGCAGAGAAAAAGGAAUAAUUAAGAUAGAUUAGAUUAUUAGCAAGUUCAUUUACAGGAGAUAAGAAAUAUACUUUUGAUUAUGAAGGGAGAUUUAUGCCUCAGAAUAUUCCUUAAGUUGAAUAAUUAGCACCUAUCAGAUCUAGAGUUAGUUCGAUCGUAUAGUUUUAAGAAAAGAACAAAGUUGUUGAAUUUGGAAAAUCAUUUACUCAUGUAAAGAUUGAAGGAGAUAAACCAUUUUUAGGAAGUUAAAUCAAUUUCUAAUCAAAACAAUUAUUUAAUGUAUUUGAUCAAUUUCAAGUAGCUAAAGGAGUAACAUUAACAGAAGGUUAAAAUCAAAAAUAAGGACCUUCAUUCUCGAAUAAUUAGAAUAUACAAUUAUGGGAAGAAGGAUUAAAGUUAACCAAAAAUUAAUAUUAAUAAUAUGUAUAAGGAAUUUAUUAAGGAGGAGUUAAAUAAUAAAAAUUAAUCAAUGAUAUUUCUAUCAAUGAUAUAGAACCAUCUCAAGUCAAUCUAAAUACAUCUAUAGUGAAUUCUUCCGCUGUAAAAGAAGGUUCUAUCAGAAUUGAUGGUAAUAUUAGUGUCGAAGAAUUAUUAAUUACAGAAGAACCCACACCAAUUAAAAUUGAUAUUUAAUAGCCAUUACCUAAAUUGCUAUUAAAAUAAAGAGAUCUCUCGUAAUUAUUAACCCUUACAACUGAAGCUUUAAAGCAACCUAAACCUAAAUUACCAAAAGUAAUGAGUUCGUAACACUCACUACCUCAAUUACCUAAAAAUCCUAGAGAUAGAACUUUAAGUUAAUUAAAUAAAUUCAAAUGA